AUGACUCCUAUCAAGGUUGGUGUGAUUGGGGUGACUGGGAUGACCGGAUCGCAUGUGGCCGUUGAGUUGCUUAACAGAGGCCAUCAAGUUGUCGGUAUUUCUCGAAAUCCCACCAAACUUGGCCAACACGAACGAUACGAGCCCAGGGAAGUUGACCUCAAAGCCUUGCCUAUUGAGGAAAUAGCAACUGCUCUCAAGUCCUUGGAUGUUGUCGUAAACGCGUACGGUCCACACACCCAACUUGGCGAAGCUUUAUCAUACAAAAGCUUCACGGAGGUUACCCGAAAAAUCCUCCUCGCUGCUAAAGUGGCUGAAGUACCAUACUUCUUCAUGAUCGGCGGCUCUGGCAUUAUGAAAGUUCCAGAUAGCCCAUCUCUCACAGCGUGUGAGGAUGAGAGAUUCUAUUACGCUUUUAUUCGGGGAAUACUCGAUAGCGAGGCUUAUGUGAAACAUGCUCAAGAAUGGGCCGGCGAGGACGCCGAAACGCUCUCGGUUGCUCGUCAAGCUUGGAUGGCCGAGAAAGAGGGCAGAGGUACUGCCGAGACGCGGAAGAUUAUUGAAGGCGCACAGGGAGUCUUCGACAUGAACGGCCCUGUUGUCGAGUUCCAUCAGGGGGGGCGACUGACAGCCAUGUUCUUCCAUGGAAACACAUCUUUCAAGUGGACUUUUAUGUCCACCCCGGCAUUGUACCGGCCCGGAAAGCGCACGGGGUCGUAUGAGGUCUGUUUCGAUUACAUGCCCCUCAAACCUGCCAAAGGGCAUGAGAGCGAGGUUGUCCUUUUCGAGGGCCGGCUGCACGGAAUAGCACUUUCAGACAUGGCCUUGGCAGUGGCGGAAGAAGUAGAGAGUAAGAAACAUAUGUGGAAGCACUGGUGCCCAUAUGUACCGGACUUGGAUGACACCCCUGGCCCGGUCUACGUUAAGAUCGGACAUGUGUUUGUUUAG